ACCCCUCAUAAGCAGGCAACUGAGCUGUAUUAAUCUGGCAAGAAAGCUAUGAAGCUAAAUACACCUUCCUAUUACUCUACACAUCUUAUGUCUUUCAUACAAAAAGAACCAACUUGUAAUCAGAUAAAUAAUUAACCACCUCAAGGCAUCAGCGCAUACCCUGUACCCAUCCAGGAUUGAAUGAAGAUAUUCCUAACAGACAUUAACUAUGACUGAAGAAAUAGGCCACACCUGAUGUUAUCAUGCCCAUGAACCAAGCUGAAUCAUGUGCCGGCUAUUGACAUCCUGCUGGUCUCAGCUAAAGACAGCUGAAGAGACACAAAGGAAUGUGACCAUCAUUAUCAUUGGAUUAGACAACUCAGGCAAAACCGUUCUUGUGGAGGCUUUCCAAAGACUACUUCCAAGUAGGAUGAACAAUUGUAUGAAAUCUGAAUUGACUACACUCCUACUGCAUGAGUAUGAAGUUUCCAUCUAUGACUUGAGUGGAGACAUGAAGGGUCAAGAAACCUGGCCGAACUACUAUGCACAGGCACACGGACUUGUUUUUGUCCUGGAUUCCAGUGACUUGGGACGCAUGCAGGAAGUGAAGAUCAUCUUAACGCGUCUGCUCUCUGAUAAAAGAGUGGCAGGGAAACCUAUCCUACUCAUGGCAAACAAACAGGACAAGAAGGAUGCCCUCCUACCCUGUGAUAUUAUUGAAUAUCUAUUCCUAGAAAGGCUAGUGAAUGAUAACAAGUCCCUGUGCCGAGUGGAACCCUGUUCAGUCAUCAAAAACCUCCAAAGAGGGAACCAUCAGCCCAUAAUUGAAGGGCUGCACUAGCUAUUAGCUGCCACUGGGGAUAAAUAUGAAGAGCUGUGUACUCGCCGACAGCCACUCCCCUCAAGCAUCCCAACCUCCAAGGGCACCAGAAGCUCUGGGGAAAGACCCUCAUCAGACAGCCACACUACCAGGAUGGGAAUGUCAAAAGAAAAAAGACAGCAUCUAGGACAAUGCUCGAUGGAAGCUAGGCCCCGAAAGCCAAUCCUACAGGUCCUCAGAGAAAACACCUCUCACCCUCCAUGUCCUCUGAGGAUCCCAAACAAUUAGGAAUGGACUUGAUAUUGACAUGCUCCUCUACUGUAUGGAUCUGGGCUAGAUGUCAGCAUUGCCACCCCACUUAGUCUCCUUUGAGAAGAAACAAUGGGAAACAUAAUGUGGAAAUACAUACAAUGACAGAAUCAAAUCAGCUGAUGGAAAAUUUUUAAGUCUGGGACAUAAUUAUAUUCCAUUUCAAUUGUCCUUUUGGACUUGAAUUAAUUGGAAAUUCAGAGCUGGAAGGAGGACCCAAACACCACCAUAAGGAAACAGAGAUCAUCCUAUCCCAGGAUACAGGAUCACUGCUAAAACCAGGAGAGUCUCAGGCAAUCCAGGAUGGUUGGUGACACUACAACCAGCCAGAUUCCUAAUGUGGGUCUCUAAAAGGUAGGGCCAUUAAAAAAAAUGGAGAGACUGUUCUAGAUUCAAAGAAACACCACAUCCAAAUGCAACAUAUGAACUGGCCAUAAAAGACACUUAGGAGACAGCUGGGGAAAUGUGAAUACAGAACACUGCUACUCAGCCAUCCAAUAGAUGUAAAUGAACUAUGUCACUAAGCACAUUGUUUUAUUCAGCUGACAUUGUUCUGUGACAAAACUUUCUCAGUGAAGUAUGUUGUGAACUGAUCCACUGUGGUGCAAGUUCCUUAUCUCCCUGUAAACCAUCAAGCAGUCUGCAAAACAUACUCCAGGAAGCACUGGAUUAGAUAUUAAAAAAUAUUAGUGAAGAUCAGUGAGGAGCUGUUAAUUGCUUUUAGCAGUACUUAUGGUAUUAUGUAUCAUAUACUUAUGUGGAAAAACAUCUUUAUGCUUAGAAGAUGUAUGUUGAGGUAUUUAAGGUGAAGUGUCAUGAUGUCUACAACUUACUUUCAAAUAGUUUAUCAAAGAACAAAUAUACACAGAGAUAAAGCAAAUAUG